GCUUCCGUCCCGGAGCGCGGUCCGGGCUAGAAUCGCAGGAGUAGGAGGGGAGCGAGCCAGAAGGAUCCCAAGCCGCCGAGCGCGGUGCCCCUUUCUUCUGUCGCGGAUGACUUGGGAGCUCGGGCCCAAGAGCCGCCCGUGCAGUACACCUAAGCUCCGCCGAACCAGAGUUGAUGAAAAAACAGCUAACCGGCUCCGCUGCGGAGAGCCAUGAGCUGUCUGGAUGUUAUGUACCAAGUGUAUGGUCCUCCGCAGCCUUACUUCGCAGCCGCCUACACGCCCUACCACCAGAAACUAGCCUAUUACUCUAAAAUGCAGGAAGCCCAAGAGUGCAAUGCCAGCCCCAGCAGCAGUGCCAGCGGCAGCUCCUCGUUUUCCAGUCAAACCCCAGCCAGUAUCAAAGAGGAAGAAAGCAGCCCAGAGAAAGAAUGCCCACCAGAGGCGGAGUACAUCAACUCCCGCUGCGUUCUCUUCACCUAUUUCCAAGGGGACAUCAGCUCUGUGGUGGAUGAACAUUUCAGCAGAGCCCUGAGCCAACCCAGCAGCUACUCCCCCAGCUGUACUAGUAGCAAAGCACCUAGGAGCUCUGGGCCCUGGCAAGACGGUUCCUUCCCGAUGAGCCAGCGCAGCUUCCCCGCCUCCUUCUGGAACAGCGCGUAUCAGACGCCGGUGCCCGCGCCGCUGGGCAGCCCGCUGGCCGCCGCGCACUCGGAGCUGCCCUUCGCAGCCGCCGACCCCUACCCUCCGGCCGCGCUGCACGGCCACCUGCACCAGGGCGCGACAGAGCCGUGGCACCACGCGCACCCACACCACGCGCACCCGCACCACCCCUACGCUCUGGGCGGCGCCCUCGGAGCCCAGGCUGCCGCCUACCCGCGCCCCGCCGCGGUGCACGAGGUCUACGCGCCCCACUUCGACCCGCGCUACGGGCCGCUGCUGAUGCCCGCCGCCUCGGGGCGCCCGGGCCGCCUCGCACCCGCCCCGGCCCCGGCGCCUGGCAGCCCGCCCUGCGAGCUCUCGGCCAAGAGCGAGCAGGCCGGCGCCGCGUGGGCCGCGCCCGGGGGACCCUUCGCCAGCCCCGCAGGGGAGGUGGCCCAGGGCUUGGGCCUCAGCGUGGAUUCAGCUCGCCGCUAUUCUCUUUGUGGUGCGUCCCUCCUGAGCUGAUCUGCUGACCCAGGGUUUCCCCUUCCCUUUCCCUCUGACCAGCCUUGGAGGCUCAGCACCUGUGCCUCUCACUUCGUGGAUGAGGACGUGGGGGGAAUGCAGAGACUUCAAACUUCUCCGUGUAUGGAAAACCAAGAACCACAACUACAGAAAUUUCAUCUAAUACUAAUUCCCACUGCUGUAAGAGCGGAUGGACCCAAAGACUCUGAAUCAUGUUGGCCAAAACAGUGGAAAUAUCUGUGGUGAAAUCACUUAGUCAGGUGAUAGGAUAUCAUAAGCUUUCUUGGAAAGGGGGAAAGACAAGGAGACUUUUGGUGUGAAUAUUUUUUAUGCUGAUGUGAAUUCUUUCAUUAGGUAGUGUGAGCAUAGCACUACUGACAUGGAUAUCCUCAGAUUUAAAAUUGUGUAUUUGCAUCGAAGACUGUGGUAGAGAUGUAAAAAGAAGCAGAUUCCUUCUUCCUCUGCGCUCAGCCUCCAGCUCCCUUCCUGCCCAUCAUCUCCCCACAACACCCACUCCAGACACAGAGAAACACUUUUUCCUUUGGACUGUGAACAUGGAAGCCUCAGUCUGAAUGUGAGUGGCAAGUGGCUUAUCUCAAGCCACCUGCCCGAGUCUUACUGCAAUGCAGCUGUUGUAGGACAACUGUUUAAAACUCCAGAAAUACAUCCAUCCACCAAGGUGGCACUUCCCAGUGUUUGGCAGAACAAUUGCAAUGGCACUGGAUGUAUUUUAUAUAUAUGUAUGUAUGUAUAUCAUUUUUUUUACAAGGAACAUUUUACGAUGAAAGAAGAAACUCUUCUCUGCUUGCUUUCCCACAAAUUCUGUCCUUCAUCUAUGGUCUGGAUGAAAAAAGCAAAAAGAGACCCCCGUUUUUCCAUGGGAAAGAACUAAGACUCAUCACGAGGGGAAGAAACGUCCAUGGAGUCUGCAAUACCUCAAAUAUUUUUCUCAGUCUGUGUGGUUUGGUCACUUUAGUGUUGGGGCAGGGGCAGAGGCCUGUGCCCGGGCAAAGCUGAAGGUGAUGAGGAAGAAGAAAUGAACAUUAAAGAUGUCUAUUUACUGUG